UGUGACAUUAAUUCGAUAUUUUGACGUUGUAUCACUUUGUGCUGUAAAGUGAGCUAGAAUGUAUUAUACUUUUUGAUAAAGAAGAUAAUCUGAGUGAGGUCUUUAAAGUUACAUUUAACGAAAGUUAACUAUAAGUAAUUAAAGUUGUUUGGGAUUUAAAGUUCAAACAUUAUCUAGUCAUACUUAUUUAAUAUUGCUAUUAAAACUAGUGGUACUGGAAGUGUAAAAACUAAAACUCAUAUUCGAGAGUAUUUUAUACUGUAGUAUAAUUGUCAUUGCGUUAGGCCUACGUUAAAAAAGUAUACCAUAGACUGUAAUUGUAAAGUGUAAUUAUAUAGACGUAGUAAAAUAAGUUGCCCGAAAGCACGCCAACCUAUCGUAUCAUCAUGCUUGCACUUAUAAACAGAAUUUUGGACUGGCUUCGAAGCCUUUUCUGGAAAGAAGAAAUGGAAUUAACUCUUGUUGGUCUGCAGUAUUCUGGUAAAACCACGUUUGUCAAUGUUAUUGCAUCUGGACAAUUUUGCGAGGACAUGAUUCCAACAGUGGGCUUCAACAUGAGAAAAGUUACGAAGGGAAAUGUUACUAUUAAAAUCUGGGACAUCGGAGGGCAGCCUAGAUUUCGUAGUAUGUGGGAGAGAUACUGUCGUGGUGUGAAUGCUAUCAUUUACAUGGUUGAUGCAGCAGAUCAUGAGAAGAUAGAGGCAUCCAGAAAUGAACUCCACAAUUUGCUGGACAAGCCACAGCUAGCUGGUAUUCCUGUUCUGGUUCUUGGGAACAAGAGAGAUCUGCCUAGUGCCUUGGAUGAAAAAGAGCUUAUAGAACAGAUGAAUCUUUCCUCUAUACAGGACAGAGAGAUUUGUUGCUAUUCUGUUUCUUGUAAAGAGAAAGAUAAUAUUGACAUAACCCUUCAGUGGUUGAUCUCGCAUUCCAAGUCCAAAAGUCACUGAGAGCUGAAGCUUCUGACUAGAUCUUCUGGGGUGAGUGCUCUCAGGAUUAAGCUAGGAACAAGUUCUUGCCACCAGAGGUCACUCAAGGAUAGGAAUGUCAUACAAAAGUGUCUGAAUUGGUAGUUUUUAGACUGAAGGUUGAAUUUUCAGCUUUAAUAUACUUUUAUGUUAAAUUGUGAAUUAAACUCUUGUAUGUUGGAUUAAAAGUGCAAAUUGUAGCAUGAAUUUUUAUGUACUUACAAGUAACAUAUUACUAUCCAAGGUAUUUUAUUGCUUCAUGAAAAAUAUAUCUCGUACCACUUGGCUAAACACUGCAACAGCUUAGGCGAAAACCAAUAUUUCAUUUUUAAGUCAAAUGAACAAGAGUGAGAAUACAGUCAUUGUAUGCAUUUGAGUAAAGGGGGAGAAGUUUUGAAAUUAUUUGUGUAUAUAUAUAUAAAUGUUGAUGUAGGUAUACUGGUUAUAUUUGCAUUCUUUGUUUUGUGUAAUAGUAUCUACUAUCAUGGAAUGUAAGUUCAUGGUUGAUCAAGUAUUACUGUUUAUAUAGUUGCCUACUACUCUGUGACAUGAAACUGUCUUUUUGGCUAGAAAUUUUCUCUAAUUGGUAUUUUCUAAUGGGGUAGUGUUUCAGAUUUCUCUUUAAGUUAAGUGAAAUGCUACACUUUAUUUACACCUGUGACAAAUAAUGUUGACAUAGUUUGCCAAACUAACUUAUUUAAAUGUGACUAAUCAUUGUAACUAUCUUUGGCACACAGUCAGUUGCAGCUACGUAAUGCGACUACAUUUAGUAAUUUGUUUAUGUGACUUGCGUUAUUGAAGUAUUGUUGGUUAAACCUACAGGAUGUAACUGAUACUUAGUGACUUGCAGUGUGGAUUUGUAAUUAGUUGAAGCUUCAUGAUUUUUCUGCUAAAAAAUGAUAAGGCUUUUAAUAAGAGUUCUGAAAUUUAAAACAUUAAAUUUACGUACGCACUGUCUUGUUAAUGUGCUUAAUUUUCUGGAUUUAAUUUUUAAAUGUAUUCCUGAAUUUUUAAAUAACUUUUUUUUAAUAUUUCCAUUUCUUUAAUCUUCAUUUUGAUGGCAAAAAGUGCUCGAAGUAAGUGAAUUUGAGUGAAAACUUUACAACUCUAUGCUUUCAGUUCUCAUUACUUGUCACUGUGCGUAUAUGUUCGUAUUUCUUUUUGUGUGUAUAACUUUGUGAUGAUGUAUUUAAUUUUUUUUCCAUUAAAUUCUUCAUUCUAUGAUUUUGCUGUGUGUAGAAAACACUUGAGAAUAAAACUCUUAAAAUAA